CCCCUCCCCCGCAGCGGCAAGGACGGAGAGAUCAGACGGGGUCUCAGAGUGCUAGCCGUCCGAGAGGGCAUCUGGGACACGCCACGGUCCUGCGCGGACUCACCGAGAGGACGAAAGCGAACCCCCUUAAACGGAGCCGCCCCGGGGGCUGGGCCUGACCCGCCCCCUCCCGGCUCCCCACUCAAGCGCUAGUGGGUGUGAGUGCUAGUAGCGAAUGUGGGUGAGUGAGGACGCUCCUCACCUAACUGCCUUCUUGGGGACCGCCGCCUUCCCAAUACGGGCAGUAUUUGCGCCGCCGCGGCGCAGGUCAUUGCGCCUGGGCGCAGAGCUCCGACGGCUUCCAGCGCUCACCAGCUCCAGCCUCGCGGGCUCUGCCCUUUCGGAGCUGCCGGUCCCGUCUCCGAGAGUCAGAGCACCUCCCUCCAACCCGGAGCCGCCAGGAGGAGGAGGUGGAGGCGGUGGAGAGGCCGCGACAGGCAGGCAAGCAGGCUGGGCCGCCUUUGAUGUGGGCGAGGCGCACCCAGCCGAGCUGAGCGCCCGUCCGGCCGCGCCCCGAGGGGGGAGCCCCCGGGCCCCGCAUCCUCAUUGUGCCGACUCGGGCCCGGGCCCGCCCCCGGCCCCCCGCCCCCUCGCCGCCCGCGCGUAGAAAACGCCCCGGCCGCCGCCAGUGGUGGGAGGCGGCGAUGCGCACGGCCGGAGAGACGCGGAGGAGGAGACAUGAGCCGGCGGGCGCCCAGACGGUGCGGCCGUGACGCGUUCCUGCUGCAGCCGCGCGCCCCGGCCCUGGAGCGCUGACCUCUGGCCCCGCACAGCCCCGCGCCCCGGCCGGAGAUCGCGUCCCAGCUUCCAGCCCCGCCGCGCAUGCUGCCCCCGGAGUGAACCGAGCAGCCAGCCUCCCGUGGAUGCCCGGACGGACGGCCGGCCAGCAGUGAGCAAGCUUCCCCGCACCAGUCGGGCGCCUCCUGCACAGCGGCGGCCACCCCGUAGCCCCCGCGCCAGCCCGGAGGGCGCAGCGCUCGGGAGGAGCCGCGCGGGGCGCUGAUGCCGCAGGGCGCGCCGCGGAGCGCCCCGGAGCAGCAGAGUCUGCAGCAGCAGCAGCCGGCGAGGAGAGAGCAGCAGCAGCGGCGGCGGCGGCGGCGGCGGCGGCGGAGGCGCCUGGUCCCGGCCGCGCGAAGCGGACAUGUGCAGGCUGGGCUAGGAGCCGCCGCCUCCCCCCCGCCCAGCGAUGUAUUCAGCGCCCUCCGCCUGCACUUGCCUGUGUUUACACUUCCUACUGCUGUGCUUCCAGGUACAGGUGCUGGCGGCCGAGGAGAACGUGGACUUCCGCAUCCACGUGGAGAACCAGACGCGGGCCCGGGACGAUGUGAGCCGAAAGCAGCUGCGGCUGUACCAGCUGUACAGCCGGACCAGUGGGAAGCACAUCCAGGUCCUGGGCCGCAGGAUCAGUGCCCGCGGCGAGGACGGGGACAAGUAUGCCCAGCUCCUAGUGGAGACAGACACCUUCGGUAGUCAAGUCCGGAUCAAGGGCAAGGAGACGGAAUUCUACCUGUGUAUGAACCGGAAAGGCAAGCUCGUGGGGAAGCCCGAUGGCACCAGCAAGGAGUGUGUAUUCAUUGAGAAGGUCCUGGAGAACAACUACACAGCCCUGAUGUCUGCCAAGUACUCUGGCUGGUACGUGGGCUUCACCAAGAAGGGGCGGCCACGGAAGGGUCCCAAGACUCGGGAGAACCAGCAGGACGUGCACUUCAUGAAACGCUAUCCCAAGGGGCAGGCAGAGCUCCAGAAGCCCUUCAAGUACACCACGGUGACCAAGAGGUCCCGGCGGAUCCGCCCCACGCACCCUGGCUAGGCUGGCCCCACCGCAGUCCCCCAGGCUGCCCCCUGGCCCACACUCACACUCACAGAGAACUGCAUCAGAGGAAUAUUUUUACAUGAAAAAUUAGGAAGAAGCUCUAUUUUUGUACAUUGUGUUUAAAAGAAGACAAAAACUGAACCAAAACUCUUGGGGAGGGGGGAGCAAUAAGGAUUUUAUUGUUGACUUGAAACCCCCUGUCUAUGACAAAAGACUCACGAAAAGGGACUGCUGUCAACGGACAGGUGCUUGUCUCUCUCUAGGAACAGACAACUCUAAUCUUGUCCCCAGAGGAGGAUUUGAAUGAGGAAAACGACACUCUGAGAAACCAAAGUCCUUUUUCCCAAAGGUUCUGAAAGCAAAAAAAAAAAAAAAAAAAAAA